ACACAGCAGAUCACUCUCAUUUAUACGUUCUACACUUCGAAGAUCAAGAUGUGGCACCUAUUUUCCGUUGUCUGCCUGUUGAAUUUUAUUGGCAGCAGUAUUAUUAAUGGGCAGGCAUGUUCUUGUCUGGAACAUGGGCCACCUGGUAUUGAUGGGCCAGCUGGUGUUGAUGGGCCACCUGGUCUUAAUGGGCUAUCUGGUGGUCCAACUGGCCCACGUGGACCACCUGGUUUCCCUGGGACACCUGGGGAACCUGAUGCUGGUCCUCUUGGUCAAAAAGGAAGUUUGGGUCCUGAAGGAGAUCCUGGACCAGGUGGAGGACCUGGAGUUUGCCAGGAUUGUGAUGACUACAAAACCUUAACAGAGAGAUUUUCUAAGUUCGUGCUGGCUAUAAACUACGACUUUGUCCGGAGAGUUGGUCAGAAAUUAUUUGUGUCCUACAAGAAGAGAAAUUUUUUCUCCACUGCCGUCGAGUUCUGCACACAACAAGGCUUGGAGCUGGCUUUGCCCCAGAACGAGGAGGAGAACAACAUACUGACUCAGAUCUUUGGGGACAUUUACAAAGAAGUCUGGAUCAACGUCAACACUAACAAAGCAGAGGGGAAUUUUCAAACUGAUAUGAAGAACCAACCUCUGACCUUUACCAAGUGGGGGAAUGGGCAACCAGACAAAUCCAUCCAGGGUACCGGCUGCACAAGGUUGACAGAAAAUGGCUUCUGGGAAGUGACCACUGAAUGCACCAACAAUGGUUACAUCAUUUGUCAGUUAUAAAAUGUAAAUGAAAAAAAUAUGUAUUCGCUCAUGCUUAUAUCCAACAAAAAUAAAUAAAUAUUCACCUUAAAGGUAUGUGUAAGCAUCUGAUGGCCAACAUCACACAGAGAUAUCAAACCCAGACAAACCUUUGCCAAGUGACCUCUGAUUAAAACGUAUCAUUUAAAACAGAAUGAAUCGAAGAAUAUAGACGAGCCUAGGCCACACUGUUUAAUACAUUAACAUUAACUUACCAGUGGCCUUUAACAAACGUCAUUAUUCGGGAAAAUUCACAAUAUGGUAUAGUUGUAUUAUUAUUCAUGUGUUAAUAAGACCACUUUUCAAA